AAAAAAAAAAAAAAAACCGGAGGCUUCAGCCUUAUAUCCCAAUAGAAACAUCAACUUAACAACCAUCCAUAGGAGAAAGUACCUUCAGGAGAGCUCUAGAAUCCAAGAGAGAGGAUAUACAACACUGGUAGAGCACAGAAAUGAGAAAAAAACAUUAACAAAGGUCAGAACAUUUUCACAUUUUGUGAAGACCUGUUUUUAACUCCCUUGAGUAAAUAGCAAGGAGCAUGACUGAUGGAUUGUAGGGAGAGUAUGGUGACUUUGGGAAGAAACUGUCAAAGUGCCUUCCAAAGUGGCUGUCCCAUUUUACAUCCCCACUAGUAAUAAAUGAGAGUUCCUAUUGCUCCACAUCCUCACCAGCAUUUGAUAUUGUCAGUGUUCCAGAUUUGGCCAUUCUAAUAGGUGUACAGGAAAGUCUUGUUUUAAUUUGCAUUUCUCUGAUGACCUAUGAUGCGAACAUGUUUUCAUGCUUAUUUACCAUCUGUAUAUCUUCUUUGGGGAGAGUCUUUUAAGGUCUUUUGCCUAUUUGUUCAUCAGGUUGGUUGUUUUCUUAUUGCUGAGUUUUAAGGAUUCUUUGGCUAUUUUGUAUAACACUUGUUUGUCAGAUGUUUCUUUUGAAGAUAUUUCUUCCAGGCAUUACCUUUUACAGAGACCUUGUAUUAUUUCUAUAUUUUAAAUUUGUUUGGUGUAUUUGAUGACCCAAAAUGUGGUCUGUCUUGGUAAAUGUUCCGUGUGAGCUUGAGAAGAACAUGGAUUUUCCUGUUACUGGAUAAAGUACUUUAGAGAUGUCAAUUUUAACCAAUUGAUUGAUGACAUUGCUGAGUUCUAUGUCCCUAUUGAUUUUCUGUCUGAUGGGCAUGUUCAUUUCUGAUCAAUGGGUGUUGAUGUCUUCAAAUGUGAUAGUGUAUUCAUCUAUACAUUUGUAAUUCUAUUAGUUUAUGGCUUCCCAUAGUUUAUCUGUUGUUGGGUGCAUAGUCUUUGAGAAUUUUUAUGACUUCUUGGAGAACUUGCCCCUUAUCAAAUGUAACGUUGCCACGUAAGAAGUCAUCCCAGUAUUUUAAUCAGCAAAGGGGGGGGAAAAAAGGCUUAUUCAGAGAAAUUUUUAUUCAGGAAAUUUAGGAAACCUUUUCCAAAACCGUUGCACAUUUAGAUACUCUCUCAUUUAGAGAGUAUGCAAAAUAUUCCAUAUGCUGUUGGCCUACUUCUCACACUAUUUUGUCUAUUUGUAUAUUAUCCUCAAGUUUCCUAUUUCAAUAUUGGUACAAAUGUUGAUAACAUGUUUAUAAACUGUAGUGUAUUUUCUUCAUGGCCCCUGUUGGCACAUUUGACUCACUGAGGUAUCUCCCAUGAGCCCUGGGCAUAAAUGUAGAUAAGACGUGUGGCUUAUGCAGGUUAAAAUCUGUAUAGAUAACGACAUCCAGAAAGACCCAAAAUAAAUCCACAUCUUGCUUUGCUUCAAUAUUUUUGCUCUCAUGACUACAAAGGAAAAUGUAUCAAAAAAUCUUAGCUACAGAAAUGAAGUAAUUACAAAUGUGUUGAGAUAGACUGAUUUUUAGAAAUGUUGGAUUUCUUAACUUAAACCCAAAAUAGUUGCCAAUAUUUUUUUUUCAUUAUUUCUACCAACUGAUGUAAUGCAUUUGUAUGACAAAUAGAGGUAAGAUUGUAAAGUUGAAGCCAGUGAAAACUUUCCUUUUCUUAGCACCGAUUUAUUAAUUCUUAGUUCAACUUUUCAUCAGGUUCAGUGGAAUAAAUUGGGGUUGCCAUUUCUUUAUAUAUCAAGGGUUAUGAACGAUGAGCAUAGUUACGUUUCCUGUUCAUCAUACUAAUUUAUUUCUUUAGUGAUUUUCAGAAAAUUACUCUCUGAGUUUGGGCUUACUCAUUGGAUAUGGGUUUGAUAAGUAGUACCUGCUUCAGGUUCAGGCAAGAAAAACUUUAGAAUUCUAGUUUUAUCAUUAACCAACUGUAUGACCUUGUUUAUAUUAAACUCUCAAUGUCAACUUCUCCACACUCAGCAUAGGGUUAUUGUAAUGAGUGAAUGGCAAAGAUUGAGCAUUGUCUCUCAAAUGAGUUUCCUCAAAAAUUCUUAUUACUAUUUUAUUGUGAGACUAUCUUAAUAUGAUAAUUGAUCUUAUUUUUAGGAAUAAAAAGAUAACAAUAUUUACUGUGUGGCAGUACAUGCUAUAAAAUUUUUAAAUAAUAUAAUUUUACUUUUAAAUUAGCUCUCACAAUAAUUCUAUGAACUAUUAUUAUUUUCACAGUGAAAAAAAAAAAAAAAAACCUAAAACUCAGAAAGAGUUGUUUUUAUAAUCCGUUCCUUUUGGAAUGGAAAGCCUAGAUGUUGCUCCCAAAACCCCACACGUUAUAAGUUAAAAUUAAAUCCUGAUGCCAUAUUUUUAUAAGAACUUCUCCUUUUUAAGUUGAAAAUUGUCUUCAAAUGUAGAUACUAGUUAAACUGAGACAAUCAGGAAAUAGAACUUCUCAAUGAAAACCCACAGAUUUUGCAAGUGAUUUAGAUGAUUUCAGGCUUUCCUUCAUUAUUCCUCUUUAUACUGCUUUGAUCUGACUGAUUUGAUCUGACUCCCCUUUUCCAUGAGGAAAAAGGAAGGCCAUUUUUUUUUUUUUCAGAGGGCUCAGAGAAAUGGAAUUCUGAACUAAUUGUAGGACUAUUCAAGGCAGUCUUGAGGUAAUAAUCUGCAAAGAACCUGAAUUAAACCAAUAAUCUGUUCUCUUUUGUGGCAAAUUAACCUAGCAUAAAAACCUAACACCAAGAAAAAGAACGUCAAGUCAGAGAGAAAGACAGAGACUCGGAAAACCAUGAGCUAAUAUUGAGGGUGCAAAUUUCCUUGAGGAUAUACAUGUUCACAACAUUUCUUAUGACUUCUUAGGUGACUUCUUAGGGUCUUAAUAUAAGAAAAGGGAGUUCAGUACACAUAGAAAAUGUGGGAAGAUAAUUUAUGUUUCCAAUUAUGCCAUGGAAUUUAGGGAGCCUUCCACCCAGCUUCUCAUAAUUUAAAUAAAAUUAGGAAAAACAAUCUCUUAAUCUUUAGUAAACAUUUAAAUAAUGUUGUUUCUUUAAAUUAGACAAUGUGGGGGAUACCAUUGUUCUUUUCUCUAAGAGGACAUCCUUACAAUUGACUAUGGGAUGGAGGAAAGGUCCUGAAAAUCAUUUCCAGUUGUUUUAUUUUACAAAAUGGCAAGUAUUUGUUUAUUGAAUAGGUUAUUUCUCACUUUCAACAAUGACAUAUUCGAGACAUUAGAAUGCUUUAAAAAGAAAGAUACAGGAAGGAAUAUAAAGCUUGUUAUCAUAAGUUCCAUAGAUGAAGAAAAUAAUCUGGAUGAGUAUUUAGGAAGGAAAAUAUGAAAUAAUGCCUUAGAGACUUGGAUGUAUUCUUCAUUAAUUCACCAAAACAUCCCAGGAAUGUCUGACAGAUCAUAUCCCAGAAAUGGGAUCUUACAGGAGUAGAAGUGUUAUCUGUCGACUUAAAAAGCCUCCCCUUUGUCUUUUCUUCAACCCCAGUGAAGGCAUCUCAUUUCCUGUAUUGUGUCACCUAAUUUCUUGUAUUAUUUGCUAGUAUAAUAUAGAAAAGUAAAAUAUGCCAAGAAAACAGUCACUCAGAAAGAUAUCCUUCAGGGGAGGCUUUUAAAGUCAACAGGUAGCCCUUCUCCGCCAGUAUUUCAAAUACUUGGAAAGGCUUCAUUAAAAUCCCUCCUCUUCCCAUUUGAGAUAUGGGAUUUAGAUAAGCUUCUUAAACAUCUUUUUAGUCUGGUUCCAAUCUGUAAAAUGGGGGUUUUAUUAAAAAAAAAAAAAUUCCAUGUGAAACAGAGCCUGUCAUAUAGUAAAAACUACUUUAAAACAAGUUAUCUAUUUCCAUUAAAUUGUUUUUUAAAUCUCUUAAUUUAGCUUGGCAUAAUAAGUUUACUUCUGAAGACAACCUCCUUUUCUUUAAGUCUUUUCUUUGUGUCUCCUCUAAUAGGUUAUGCAGGAGAAGAGCAAAAAUGAGAAACUACACAGUAGUAACAGAGUUUAUCCUCCUGGGACUCUCAGAUGACCCACAGCUUCAGGUUGUGGUCUUUGUCUUUCUGCUCAUCACCUACCUGCUCAGCAUCACUGGGAACCUGACCAUCAUCACCCUGACCCUGCUGGAUCCCCACCUCCAGACCCCCAUGUAUUUCUUCCUCAGAAACUUCUCCUUACUAGAGGUGUCAUUCACAACUGUCACUAUACCCAGGUUCCUGAGCACCAUUAUUACAGGAGAUAAAACUAUUUCUUUUAAUAAUUGCAUGGCUCAGUUAUUUUUUUUCAUUCUUUUAGGAGUCACUGAAUUUUGUCUUUUGGCCGCCAUGUCCUAUGACCGUUAUGUCGCCAUCUGCAAACCUCUGCAUUACUUGGCCAUCAUGAAUCCUAGACUCUGCAUAUUGCUGAUCUUUGCUUCUUGGCUGGCUUCAUUCUUAAUCAUAUUCCCAUCACUCAUGUUGUUCUUAAACCUCGAUUACUGCAAGUCUAAUGUUGACCAUUUUACCUGUGAUUAUUUUCCCCUCUUGCAACUUUCCUGUUCAGACACCAAAUUCCUAGAGAUGAUGGGUUUUUCCUUUGCUGUGUUUAUUCUAUUGUUCACGUUGGCAUUAAUAAUUCUGUCCUACAUAUAUAUCAUCAGAACGAUUGUGAGAAUUCCUUCUACUAGUCAGAGGACAAAGGCCUUUCCCACGUGUUCUUCCCACAUGAUUGUCAUCUCCAUCUCUUAUGGCAGCUGCAUGUUCGUGUACAUUAAUCCAUCAGCUAAAGACAGGGUGUCUCUGAGCAAGGGAGUGGCCGUGCUAAACACCUCAGUAGCCCCUAUGCUGAACCCCUUUAUUUACAGCCUAAGGAAUCAGCAGGUCAAGAGAGCCUUCAUGGACAUGGCAAGAAAGGUUGCAUUUUUCUCCAGGAAAUGAAAAGAUAAAAGUACUGUUUCAUAUUUUAGAGGCAUAAUGAAGAGCAGUUAAAUGAAAUUCAGGCUUUUCAAAAUAUAUUACUUUCCACAUAGCCUCCCUAGAGUUAUUUUUCAUUGCUUAUAUUUUAUUGCCAGCAGGUUCCCAAGGAUAUUUGCAUAUAUCUUUUUUUUUCUUUUUUCCUUUUAAAUUCUAAUUCUUCUCGUGUAAGUUAUUUUUCAUUUUUUUUCCCCAUUCAAAUUCCCUUCCUUCUCUCAUGCACUUUCCUUCCUUUGUGCUGUUCUUUCUAGUCUGUAACUAUGAGACUGGCCUCAUUUCCUUCUUUGAAUUUUUUUUUUUUUUUUAUGGCAGCACCCAGGGCAUAUAGAAAUUCCUGGGCAAGGGA